AGUGACGAUCAUAUUCAGGUCACUCCCUUGGUGUGGUAAUCCACCUCCCCCUAAGAAAUUAGGGUAAAAACUUGUCCCCACGACCAAAUCCGUCCACAAAAAAGAAAUUUGUCCGGGGGUGGGAAGAAUGAGUAGCAGCAGGAGCACCAACAGCUACUUCCUUACACUUGAUUUCUUAAUCGCAAAAGUCUAACUUUAAAAUUGGUCAGAACUAUCAAAAUUGCGAAAUUGUGGGGAUAAUUUUUGUAUCUUAAUGAACAGUGGGUACAGCUCUUUAAAAUGAUACUAAUUUCAACUUUAUAAUAGCAGUUUAAAAUUUUUUAUUUCUAUUUAUUCGUAGAGUUAAAUGAACAUAUGUACACGUUAAUAAUUCAGUCCUAAAGGGGGGCAAAAGCUGAAGGGACACGGCAUUAUGACGGGAAAAUGUGUCAACAGCGAUAUUGAGAAGGAUAAGAGAACAUGCGAAAUAAGUGGAUGGUGCCCCGUCGCACGGAGCACUCGACCGUUAUUAAAUUCUGGAAAAGCGCUCUUGUCGGAUGCACAUAUCCUCACAGUUUUCUUAAAAUCUACCGCCGAAAUAGCUGCAUUGGAUGUCUCGUUGAAUAAUAUCAAACAAGUUCAAAAUAUGAAGAAUGGACCAAAUUUUGAAACUUGUAUUUUUAAUCAAACCUCAGAAACUGACCGACACUGUCCAAGAUUUCGGCUUCACGACAUUGUAAAAUAUGCAACCCAAGACGGAAGUGACCGCUUUGACUUUAACGAAGUAGCCCUAUCGGGUGGUGUAUUUAUGCUGAAGGUGGAAUACGACUGUGACCUGGAUAUCAUUCCGCUCGAAAAUUGUCUCCCUUCGUAUAGCUUUAAGCGAGUCGACGUUCCCCACUUUGAAGGAGAUAGCAUUAAACAAGCCUCGCAGGGUUACUCAUCCGUCAGCUACUCUGCGUAUAAUAAAAGAACUGUAGUUCUGUAUGACGGGAUCAGAAUCGUAGUGCAUGUUGAGGGACAGGUGAGAAAGAUUACAUUCGACGCCGUGUACGACGAGCUGGCACUGUUCUUCAGCUGGUGUUCCACUGUGUUUGGUAUUAUGGGAUUUUUCGUCGGUUGCUUACUACUUCCUUACCUCAAACGAGAUAUCGCCACCACGUCCAAUUGCAAGGGCUGGUUCUGCACAAAUUUUACUUGUGAACGGUUUGAAUGCUGUCCAAAUCCAAACGUUGGAUCAAAAAAUUCUCCUGGACAUCAACUUACCGUUUGGAAUGAGGGGCGGGAAUAUGAUUUGGUCAACAAAAAAACAAAUACAUUGUAGCUCAUUACUUCUAUUCAAGCAGAAGAUCAUCUAUUUACAAUUAUUGAAUCAAACGAA